UGCGGGCCCCGCGGGGCGCCGUGAGUGCGGCGGCGGCGGCGGGCUGCGGACUCGCGCUGGGCCGACGGACGGACGGACGCCCGGACGGACUCGCGGCCCCGGGCUCCGCGCGCCCGAAGAUGAACCGGGCAGAUUCACCCAAACCUCCAGUCGCGCCCAAGCCCAAGACGGCCGGCCCACGCACGCCCGUGACGGUGCCCGCGUUCCCCGCCUUCCCCAGGCCCGAGGGCCCGGGAAGCCCCAACUCCAUGUCCAGGGGGCCGAAGCCCCCCAUCGCCCCCAAGCCCAGGCUGGCCGCCCCCGGCGAGGGCAGAGUGGGCGUCCACACCAACAGCACCCUCCCCCAGUGCAGCAACGGGAGGCUGCUCUGCGGGGGCCCCCGGGCCGAGUGCUCCGAGUCAGAGACCGACGAGGACUACAUCAUGCUCCCCGGGGCGAGAGAGGGGGCGGGCCGAGACAGCGAGGGGCCUGCGGCCCGGGGGCCCCCGGAGGCUCCGGGGGACGAGGAGGACCAGCAGGCGGAGGCGGGAGGCCCGGGGCGGGGCACGGAGGAGACGGGAGCUGAAGGCGGCCCGGCCGUUGAGGCGCUGGGCCGGGAGGGUGCGGAAGACGCCGGCCAGGUGGUCCCUGAGCGCGGGGGGCACGGUGGGGAGCACGGCGGGGAGGAGGAGGGGGAGGAGGGGGAGGAGGUCUGCGGCGAGUACGACCUGGAGGAGGGAGAGGAAGGCUUUCGGAGCAAGCUCAUUCUAACUCCCAUCCACACGGAGGUUCCUGGGGGCUCCCGUGAGGAGCUGGGGUCCCCCGAGGUCCCCAGGGACGCAGAAGAGGAUGGUGAGGAAGGACGAGUAGACACAGAACCCGGGGGGCCCGGUGGGGGUGUGGACUCCAACUCAUCCACUCAGGACACUGGACAGGAUGUGGGUGAAGCCUGCGAAGAGCCCCCCGAGGAGGAGGAGGAGCCCCCCGAGGAGGAGGAGGAGAGCCCCGAGGAAGAGGAGCCCACCAAGGUGGAAGAGGAGCCCCCCGAGGAGGAGGAGGAGACCCCCAGGGAGGAGGAGCCCCUCAGGGAGGAGGAGUCCCCCGAGGAAGAGGAGAGGAGCCCCCCGAGGAAGAGCUGGCCGCCGACGCCCUGGAGGCAGGGACGGCCACCGCUGCCCUCGGACCCCCUGCGGGAGAUGGUGAGGACCCCGCAGGCCGUGGGAACCAGGCCGACCGGGAGGAACCGGCUGCCCACCACGAGGGAAACGAGCCGGGAGGACGCGGCCGCCGCCCCCCGGGGGGCAGAGGGCGGGGACCCCCCCCAGGAGGACCCCUCGGAGGACAGCUGCCACAUCAUCCUGUUCGAGAGCGACAGCGCGGAGGACUUGGCGGCCUCGCUCGCGGCGGGCCCCUACCGGCUCUUCCCCGCCGAGAGCACCUCCUUCUGCGGCCAGGGCGACCCCGUCUCCCAGCCGGCGCCCGCCACCCCGGGUGCCGGGGCUCCCCGGGGGUCCCCCGCGCCGCGCGUGGUCGUGCUGGAGGAGGAGGACGCCGCCGACGGCUCGCUGAGCAACCCCUACGUGACCUGCCUGGCCGACCCCGCCGGCGCCCCGGGAGGGGACGCGGGCCCCGAGGACAGGAAGCACGCGGCCGCCAGGGCCCGGCCACACUCCGGGAAGGUGGCCGGCCACGUCCCCGAGACCGUUCUGGAAGAAGUGGGGCCCGGCGGGGGCGGUCCCCGGGAGGUGCCCCCGCCCGCCAAGCCCCGGGCCUUCACGCUGUACCCCCGCUCGUUCUCCGUGGAGGGCCGAGAGCCGCCCCCGUCCCUCUACCGAGAGCCCGUGGGGCCCGGGCUCGAGGAGCUCCGCGUCAGGAGGAAGGAGGACAACCUCUCCCUGCCCUGUGUCAUCGGCUCUUCCGGAAGCUUCUCCCAGAGAAACCACCUUCCGUCCAGCGGCACCUCCACGCCGUCCUCGGUGGCCGACAUCCCGCCCCCCUUCGACCUGGCCUGCGUCACCAAGCGGCCCAUCACCAAGAGCUCGCCGUCGCUGCUCACCGGCGGUGACUCCCCGGACAAGGGCGCCAAGAAGAAGAAGUCCUCCUUCAAGCGCUUCCUGGCGCUCACCUUCCGGAAGAAGACGGAGAGCAAGGGCCACGGCGAGGCCCACGCGUCCUCCUCCAGGUCCUCGUCCGAGUCCAGCUACCACGGCCCGGCCAGGAUCCUGGAGAUGGACCGGAGGAGCCUCAGCAGCUCCCCGCAGCUCACGUCGCGGGCCGGCAAGCUCCGGGCCUCCGAGUCCCCGUCCUCCUUCGUCUUCCUCAAAGACGGCAAGAGGAGGGGGGCCCCCUGCGGCAGGACGGUGUCCCGGGUGGAGUCCUUCGAAGACCGCUCCCGGCCUCCCUUCCUGCCCCUGCCGCUCACCAAGCCGCGCUCCAUUUCCUUCCCCAACGCCGACACCUCCGACUACGAGAACAUCCCCGCCGUGAACUCCGACUACGAGAACAUCCAGAUCCCCCCGCGGAGGCCCGCCCGGCCCGGCACGUUCACCAAGCUCUUCCAGGACCAGAGCCGAGCCCUGGCCACGGCCAACGAGAACGACGGCUACGUGGACAUGAGCAGCUUCAACGCCUUCGAGAGCAAGCAGCAGAGCCCGGAGCAGGAGGCGGAGAGCGCCUACACGGAGCCCUACAAGGUCUGUCCCAUUUCCGUGUCCCCCGGAGAUGACGUCACGUCGGAGGAAGAGCAGGGCAGCUCAGAAGAGGACGACGGCACCCCAAGGGACCCCAGCCUCACCCCCAAGGUGGAGGGACAGUCCAGGGCCCUCGUCAUCGCUCAGGAGCUGCUGUCUUCUGAGAAAGCGUACGUGCAGAUGCUCCAGCCCUUGGGCCUGGAUUUCCACGCCGCCGUCACCCGGGCCCUGGACGAGGCGGACCCCGGCGGGGACGCGCCGGCCCGGGAGGAGCUGCGGCGGGGCCUGAGCGCGCUCCCCGCCAUCCUCGACCUCCACCGGGGCAUCCUGGAGGACCUGGAGCAGAGGCUGCGGGACUGGGAGGCCCAGCAGAAGGUGGCCGACGUGUUCCUGGCACGGGAGGCGGGCUUCGAGCACCACGCCACGCACGUCGUGCGGUUCGACCGGUACCUGGGGCUGCUGGCCGAGGACUGCCUGCGCUCACCCCCGCUGGCCACCGCCGUGCGCGAGUUCGAGCGGGGCGCGCUCGGGGGCGGCUGGAGCGUGAAGCACCAGCUGCUGCGCGUGGUCCAGCGACUCUUCCAGUACCAAGUGCUGCUCACAGACUACUUAAACAACCUGUGCCCAGACUCCGCCGAGUACGACAGCACGCAGGAUGCGCUGAGCCUCAUCUCCAAAGUGACAGACCAGGCCAAUGACAGCAUGGAGCAGGGGGAAAACCUGCAGAAGCUGGUGCACAUCGAGCACAGCGUCCGCGGCCAAGGGGAUCUCCUCCAGCCAGGAAGGGAGUUCCUGAAGGAGGGGACGCUGAUGAAAGUGAGGGGGAAGGACAGACACCCCAGGCACCUGUUUCUGAUGAGCGACGUGCUUCUCUACACGUCCCCGCAGAAGGACGGCAAGUACCGGCUGAAGAGCACGUUGCCCGUCGCCAGCAUGAAGGUCAGCCGCCCUGUGAUGGAGCGCGUGCCGUACGCCCUGAAGAUCGAGACUCCUGAGUCGUGCCUCACGCUCUCCGCCAGCUCCUGUGCGGAGAGGGACGAGUGGCACAGGUGCCUGAGCAGAGUGCUCCCCGAGGACUACAAGGCCCAGGCGCUGGCGGCCUUCCAGCACAGCGUGGAGAUUCGGGAGCGGCUGGGGGUCAGCCUGGGAGAGAGGCCCCCCACCCUGGUGCCCGUCACCCACGUCAUGAUGUGCAUGAACUGCGGCUGCGACUUCUCGCUCACCCUGAGGCGCCACCACUGCCACGCCUGCGGGAAGAUUGUGUGCCGGAACUGCUCUCGGAACAAGUACCCCCUGAAGUACCUCAAGGACCGGAUGGCCAAGGUGUGCGACGGCUGCUUCGGGGAGCUGAAGAAGCGGGGCGGGGCCGUCCUGGGCCCCAUGAGAGAGCGGCCGGUGAGCAUGAGCUUCCCCCUGUCCUCGCCCCGCCUCUCCUCCGUCUUCCAGAGCCUCAGCCCCUCCACCUUCAAGAAGCAGAAGAAGGUGCCUUCCGCCCUGGCCGAGGUGUCGGCCUCGGGCGAGGGCGCCGCCAUCAGCGGCUACCUGAGCCGCUGCCGCAGGGGCAAGCGGCCCUGGAAGAAGCUCUGGUUCGUCAUCAAGGGCAAAGUGCUCUACACCUACAUGGCCUGUGAGGACAAGGUGGCCUUGGAGAGUAUGCCUCUGCUGGGCUUCACCAUUGCCCCGGAAAAGGAGGGCGGCGAAGGGGGGACGGCCUUCCACCUGUACCACAAGAAGAGCCUGUUCUACAGCUUCCGAGCGGAGGACAGCGGCUCAGCGCGGAGGUGGAUGGCGGCCAUGGAAGACGCCAGCGUGUUAUAGCGUCCCCAGCCGCCCGCACUCGGCACAGGCUCUCCGGUUGACGUGUGAACCCUUCCAGAAGCGACUCCACGGCUCGGCUCCCGGCUGCACCGCCGGGCCUGGCAGUUUCCUGUGACCCCAUCUUGCCCGUGGGAGCGGAGCCCGAAAGGAAUAUUUCUGGAAUCCUCCUCUCUGCCCGGUCCCCCCAGCCCGCCAGGACUCCCCCCGACCCGGCCGCGAGUUGGGCGUGCACCUGAGGCCGGGAGGCCAGGCGAGCGGGGCCUUUGGGAACGAAUACAGAAUUGUUUUUCAGAGGAAACGAGCUUUUCCCCAUGUUUACUCGCGGCGAGCAUCACCUCCCACAGCGCCCUCGGGUGACGCGAGCCCCGGCCGGCGGGGAGCAGCUUCUCUCCGGGAAAGCACUUUAUUCUUGCCUAGCUGCGAUCUCUGGUGCCAUUUUCCAAGUGACACACUGAAGUCCCCGGCAGAGGGCAUCCUCCGACGGCGACUCCGGCGUGUGGAAGGGCUCCGCCCGAGCUCCGCCGGCUGAGGGAGGGAGCGUGUUUCCUGCCUGCUGAUCCUGAGACCGUUUCCUGCCAUAACUUAUUCAAGGAGAGACUCCCUGCCUCCCGCUGGAAGUCCUCAGUACCCCACCGCAGCUGCAGACGCAGCUGCUGUCAGGUCUGCCUCCAGAGGUCAGCCUAGACCCUGGGAAGACUCAGCGGUUGCUUUAAUUUAUUCUGUGCCUUUUCUGGGCCCCACCCGUGCAUGUUCCAGAAGCCUGCCCGGCCCGCGCACAGGGACGCUCAGGCUGGAACGCCAGAGCCUUGCGAUGUUCCGGAAGAGGUGAAGGAGAGAGAAAGGAGCUGUCAUCAGAAGAUGGUCGUGGCAGAUGGUUCUGGACCCGGCGAGAAGCGCCCAGGGGGCACACGCAGGACGUGCAGCCACUUCCCGUUGGCGUGCCGCUCGUUACACGGAUGAUUUUACAGAGCAGAGAGAGCGGGGACAGGAUGCCCUGCUUCUGUCAUCACAGUGAGAAACGAAAGCUCACCCCGCGUUCUGACCUCCAGCCCCUCCCGCCGUCCCGCCCCCCACCCCAGGCGCUGCCCACGACCUUUUGUAAAAAGCCCCAUCCCAAGGACUCACUUGCAUUAAAGAUUUUCAGGGAAAUUUGUUUUCUAGUUUGCCGUUCUUCUUGUUAAAGGUGUGUACUAAACGUAAUUAAUGACUCAGACCAUGUGACGAGAUGGGUCUUUUUGUUAGUUUUGAGGUCUUAAUUCUGACAGAACCAUUUUCAUCGGGUGUGGGUUCUGGGCCUCCUAGUCCCAUUCAAGUUUUAAAAUG